AAAACUAACUUCACUGAGGUGCAUAAGUGGCUCUUUAAACUGACAUUGACGAAUGUGGCAAAGCUUCGACAUCAUCAAUCAGUCAAUUUGAGUAAAACACACACUCCGCCUAGCCCAUGAUAAAGGGAGUUAUGUAGACGCUGUGUUAAUGCGUCACACGAAACAUACAGUACAGGUGCGGCAUCACGCAUCUUUAACAACAGGACACCAGCAUGCCUCACAGCUCACCGUGCCAGUUUAAGGGACCAAGCCCAGUUUUUUUGUUUGUUCUACAGCAACAAUGCAAGUUACGCAAAUGAGUAAGAGUCCAAAACCUGAACCGGCUCAUCGUGUGCCUGACUUACCUUCACCGAACCUCGCGUGGAUUUACCAACAUGGCCAGAAUUUUGAUAAAAAGAUCGGUCACAACAAGAGCAUCCUUGUUGCUGCUGGGAAGCCUCAUGGUUGUUUACCUCCUGAAAGACAUUAAAGUAGUGAGAAAAGAUGACAACCCAGAUCUGAAAAUUAGACAACCCACCAAAAACAACUCCUAUGUAUUCUCCUGGCUACGAUGUCAACAAAAUAGGUCUGUUGCCAACAUGACAAACUUCAACUCUUUUCCUGAUUUUAUGAAGGACUUUCUCUACUACCGACACUGUCGUCAUUUCCCCAUGUUACUGGACCUUCCUGAUAAAUGUGGAGGAGCUGAUAAAUCAGCAGAAGUCUUUCUUCUGCUGGUCAUUAAAAGCUCCCCUCAUAACUACGACCGCCGAGCGAUACUGCGCAAAACCUGGGCUGAAGAGAGGUUACAGAAUGGUGUGUGGAUCCGCCGGGUCUUCCUCUCAGGAACAACAGAUUCUGGCUUUGAGAAAGAGAGACUGAACAAACUGCUGGAGCUGGAGCAACGUGAGUACAGUGACAUCCUUCAGUGGGACUUUACUGACACGUUCCAAAACCUCACCUUGAAGCAAAUACUCUUCCUGGAAUGGAUGGAAAGAAACUGUCCAAACGUUCGCUUCCUGCUCAACGGUGAUGAUGACGUCUUUGCCAACACAGACCACAUGGUGGAGUACCUCCAAAGUCUCGAGGAUAAUGAUGGAAGCAAGCACCUCUUUACUGGCCACCUCAACAUAAAUAUGGGGCUCGUUAGAGAACCAAACAAGUAUUUUGUCCCAGUUCAGAUAUAUGAGCCAAACAUAUUUCCUCCCUACUGUAGUGGUGGGGGCUUCCUCUUGUCUGGUUAUACAGCUCUGGUCAUAUACAAUAUGUCCCAGUCCAUUGACCUUCUUCCCAUUGAUGAUGCUUACAUGGGAAUGUGUCUGGCCAAAGCAGGACUUGAUCCCACUUCCCAUAUUGCAGUGAAACCAUUUGGAUUAAACAUUCCCUCCAGACUAGAUGGGUAUGACCCUUGCUUUUAUAAAGAGGUUUUACUGGUACAUGGAUUCUUUUCAGUUCGCAUGUAUUUUAUGUGGCACAGAAUACAUGAUCCUAAUCUGAAAUGUGACGUUAAGAAAAUGAUGUAGCAGCACUGUAAAAUAAUAUACCAAGCGCAUUUUAGGGUAAAUGGGCUGUAAUAUGUUGCACCAUUUAAAAAUGUAUACUUUCUAGCUGUACUUUAAAGCAUUUCUGAAAUUAAUCAUUAACCAAUUAAGCAAUAUCCAAAUACUUUAUAUAAAUAUAGUUUUAAAUUAUUUAAACAUGUGUCUCAGAAAUGGUGGGAAGGUAAAACAUGUUAUCACUUAAUUGCUGUAGACGGGACUAUACCUUUCCAGACAGGAUCAAGAUUAGAUCAUGAUGUUUUUAUAGCAGGGCGUGUUCAGUACAAGUAUGGUGUCUCAAAGGGAAAAAAGAGCCCUUCAAGCAACAUGCAAAGAACAACAAUCAUUUUUGUUAAUGAUGCUUUCUGUUGGUUGUUUAUAAUGGGUUACAGGAUUCAAUCACAUGCAUAGAUUUCAAUAUUCCUUUUUAAAUUGUGAAAAGAAAGGUUCUCUGUAUCCAGUUAAUAGUGACUUGUGAGUUAAGUAAAAGCUCAGUUUGACUUUAAACUACUGACAAACUAUCAAAUAGAACUGAGUUAAUUGUGGGAGAUGUGAUGAGAUGUGACUAAUGUGAUAUAAUCGAAUAUGUGACAUCACAAUAAUGAACAGGCCCCGUCUAAACAGAAUACAUGGAAUUAAAAAUAAAAAGUUUGGAACUGAAAUCUAAAAA